AUGGGCGUUGCCAGGAUCUUGGGUCAAACUUUUGAUAGAGGAAGAUUUUAUGAGAUUUUAUGGUUGAGAGGGUUUAGCGUUAGAGAGAAGUUCAAGUCAUCCUUCAUUAUAGGGUUUUCGCAAUGUGUCCCUCUUCUUAAAACAGCAACAUGGAAAAAUGGGACUGAUUGCUGCUCAUGGAAUGGCGUCACGUGUGACACAGUCUCUGGUCACGUGAUUGACCUCAACCUUGGCUGUGAAGGCCUUACAGGUACAUUCAAUCCUAAUAGUACCCUUUUUCAUCUUGUUCAUCUCCAAACACUCAACCUUUCUUACAAUGAUUUCUUUGACUCUCAUUUUCAUUAUAAGUUUUGUGGAUUUCAGAGUCUUACACAUCUUGACUUGUCUGAUAGUAACUUAGAAGGUGAAAUUCCAACUCAAAUCUCUCACCUAUCCAAAUUACAAUCACUUCAUCUCUCUGAAAAUUAUGACUUAAUUUGGAAAGAGACUACCUUGAAGAGGCUGUUGCAAAAUGCAACAGAUUUACGAGAGCUGUUUUUGGACUCCACAGAUAUGUCUUCAAUAAGACCAAACUCCAUUGCUUUGCUCCUCAACCAAUCUUUAUCUUUAGUCACUCUUAAUCUUCAUUACACAAGAUUAAGCGGAAAACUGAAAAGAAGCCUUAUUUGUUUAGCAAGUAUUCAAGAGCUAGAUAUGUCAUAUAAUGAUGAACUUCAAGGCCAACUUCCAGAAUUGAGUUGUAGCACUUCUCUUAGAAUCAUAGAUUUGUCAGGAUGUGCAUUCGAAGGGGAAAUUCCUAUGUAUUUUUCUAACCUCACACAUCUUACCUCUCUAACUCUCUCGAAUAACAACCUAAACGGUUCAAUCCCAUCAUCACUUUUAACACUUCCACGUCUAACUUUCUUGCAUCUUUACAGCAACCAACUCAGUGGUCGAAUUCCAAAUGCAUCACUUCCAAACCUUCAACAUCUCAUUCACUUAGAUCUUUCAAAAAAUUUGUUUAGCGGUCAAAUUCCAUCUUCAUUAUUUAACUUGAAUCAACUUUAUACAUUAGAUUGUUCUAAAAAUAAAUUAGAGGGUCCCAUACCCAACAAAACUACAGGGUUCCAAGAGCUAAAUGAUUUGAGAUUAAAUGACAACUUGUUAAAUGGAACAAUUCCUUCCUCCUUGUUAUCUUUGCCGUCUUUGGUUCAUUUAGUUCUAUCAAAUAAUCGUCUUACAAGGCAUAUCACUGCAAUCUCAUCAUAUUCCUUAAAGAAGCUAGAUCUAAGCGGCAACAAGCUACAAGGCAAUAUUCCAAAAUCUAUUUUCAACCUUGCAAACUUAACUUUGCUAGAUCUAUCAUCAAACAACUUGAGUGAUGUUAUUGAUUUUCAACACUUUUCCAAACUUCAAUAUUUGAAAACUCUGUCACUUUCACAUAAUAGCCAAUUAUCAUUAACAUUUGAACCCAAUGUCAAUUACAAUUUUUCUUAUCUAUCAAAAUUGGAUUUGUCUUCUAUCAAUUUGACAGAAUUUCCCAUAUCAGGGAAAGUCCCAUUGUUAGAUUCUCUUGAUUUGUCCAAUAACAAACUUAAUGGAAAGGUGCCAGAUUGGUUACCUGAAACAAUGAAUUCAUUAACAUUUUUGAACCUCUCUCAAAACAUGUUCACAUCAAUAGAUCAAAUCUCAAUGAAGAAUGAACAACUGUAG